GCGGGGCAUGACGCAUCAUCAUCAUCAUCAUCAUCAUCACAGCGUGGAGGAUAGAACAUGAGAUGUAUCAAGUCAAUCAAAGCAGCCAGCCUAUCGCAGCCCCCCCCCUCACCCUCCCCACUGACAUACACACAUACACACACAGUCAGACAGGGUCCUGCUCUGACCCUAGUGUCAGCUCUCUGUGUCCAGUGUAUUUAGUGUAUCUGGGGCAUCUAACAUUUUAAAAGCUCUUGCAGCCUUAAUCGGCAAAAAUUUUGAUGAUCAAUUAAUCGUUGUGAGUCAUUUUUUUAAGAAACAAUGUGAAUAUUUCCUGGUUUCUUUAGUCCUCUAUGACAGUAAACUGAUAUCUUUGGGUUGUGGACUGUCGGUCGGGACAAAACGAGACAUUUUAGGAUGCAUCUUAAGCCCUGUGAAAAAGUGAUCGACAUGUUUCACAAUUUCCUGUUUACAACCCCCAAAGCAUUAUGGGAACUUUAGUGCCAAAAUUGAGAGCAUGACUAUCCCCCAAAUAGCAAUAAAGCAAGCAACAAAGAAUAACAACAAGGGUGACAAAAUCCAUUAAUAUAACGUUUUUUCAUGUUGCUCUGUCAAUAUAUUUAAGAGUUUAGAAACCCCUAAUCUGUAGCACUGAGCACUGAAAACUGUUCAGCUGGCAUCAUGUCUGGUCAGGUAGGUGGUCCUGGUUACUAACGUUUUUGCUAGUUUUUGAUUGUAUUUUACUUGUUUAGAGAACAUUUAACAUUUGAAAAGUGGCUUCUUCUGGCUUUUAUUAUAAGCACACAAAGAUUUUGUAGAAAAUAAAUGUAUAUUUCUUAAAUUAGGGUAUGAAUAUAAUGUCUUUAUGGUAUGAGUGCAAAGACCACACACAGGCAGUGUUGUGAUGCUUGGAAUAGGACGGGAGGUUAGGAUCAAGCACUUUUAUUCUCAGCUGUAUCUGCUAUUAACUAAAAUUGUAUACUUUCUACUAUUUUCUCAAAGUAUUACUAUCAUAAAUAUUAUAGUGAUUGAUUUGAAUAGCACACUGCUCAGCUGUAAUGUAAACAUGUGGUCUCUGGUAAAGUUGUAGUGGCAAAAGGUCUCAAUGACACUCAAACAGCAGACAAAUCAGAUCACACAAGACAGAGGCAAAUACAAGAGGACAGAGAGGAAAGCUAACAGAAUAAGACACAGUAUUAAGGCUGCUAACUGUGGGCUAUACUCAGCUAAGGGUCCAGUCAGUAUGGAGUUGUCCCCCCCUCCCUCAGGCCUGGAAGCAGAGUAUGAGACACUUUUCACCACUGACUCCCUCCUCUUCCUCCAUGAGCUGAUCUCCACAUUUGAUGAGGAGGUGGAUCAGGUCCUGCGGUUGCGAGUGUCCAGAAAGGCCCACUUGGACCUUUCAGGUGACCUGCCAAGCUUCCAGGAAAACACUGCCCAUAUCAGGAGAGAUCCAACCUGGAGGGUGCUCCCCGUCCCCCCGAAGCUCCAGAGGAGACAUGUGGAUAUUGGGGAUCUGGCUCCCUGUGAUACCCAGCGCUUCAUUAAAGCUCUCCAGUCACCAGCACAAGGCAUACAGGUUGACUUCGAUGAUGGGAACUGUCCUACAUACUACAACCAGAUCAAAGGCAUUCAUAAUGUUUUUAAGGCGGUGUACAACCAGUUCCCCAAUGUUCCACACAUAUCUCAGGCUCCAGUGCUGAUGCUUCGUCCCCGUGCCUGGAACAUGGUGGAGCACAACAUGAUGGUGGAGGGGAAGGAGGCUCCUGGUCCUCUGUUUGACUUUGGACUCCUCAUGUUUCACUGUGGAAAGACACUGUUUGAAAACAAGAGUGGACCCUUUUUCUACCUGUCAAAAGUAGAGAGCUUCAUGGAGGCCAGAUUAUGGAACAACAUAUUUGUCUGGACACAACAGAAGCUGGGCCUUCCUCUGGGCAGCAUCAAGGCAACGGUGCUGAUUGAAAAUGUAUUAGCAGCGUUUGAGAUGGAGGAGAUUCUCUAUGAGCUGCGAGACCAUUCAGCAGGACUCAACUGUGGCAUCUGGGAUUAUUCAGCCUCCUUUGUCAAUAAGUUUGGUCACCGACGUGCCUUCUUGCUGCCUGACCGCAGUAAAUAUGUCAACAUGGAGAAGCGUUUUCUGCACAGUUACAUGGACCUGUUGGUUCAGACGUGUCAUCAGCGGGGAGCGCUGGCCACAGGAGGCAUGGCUGCCCUGCUGCUGCCUCAGGACCCAAACAGUGACCCCUACAGGACAGUGUUGGCUACUGUCACCAGACUGAAGUUGCUGGAGAUCAAGGCAGGUGUGGAUGGUUUCAUGGUGUAUGACCUGAACUUGAUUGAGCCCAUGCAGAAACUCUUUCAGCUCCACACUGAUGGUGAUAACCAGCUCCACCAGCUUCGAAAUGAUGUCACUGUGACCCCUGAUGACCUGCUGUCCAUGCCUGCGGGAGGAGUCACCCUUUAUGGUUUGAAGUAUAACAUUGCAGUCGGUGUCCUCUUUAUUAAUGCUUGGCUAUCAGGUAAAGGUCACUUUUUCUACAGAGGCCAGGUGGAAGAUUCAGCCACUGCAGAGAUUUCCAGAUCACAGGUGUGGCAGUGGAUCCGUCAUCAGGCUCAGUUGGAGGACGACAGCAGGGUGGUGAGCAGGCAGCUGGUGACUGACCUCACUAAGGAGGUCAUGAUGGAGCUCAGCGCUCUCUGGCACUCUGUUAGGGCUAAACAGAGGCUACACACAGCAGCGGACAUGUUCCUGGAGGUGGUCCUGAAGAGAGAUUUCCCAGAGUUCAUCACCACCUACUUGAAUCAGGACCACACCUUCCUCAGCUCCCACAGCACCGGACAGGAGGAGGAUCUGAACACAAACACACACCGAGCCAAACUGUGAAGGUCCAGCUGAACACAGCUUCAUGUUCUCUGCUCAACUGCCUUUAUGUAGGAUGACACACAUAAGUUCACCUCACUGACUGAAAGGCGGAAAGGUCCUGACUCAUGAGUUGUUCCCUCUGACAGGCAGCAUCAUGUCAAAUGGCUGUGAAUACUGUCAGUGUAAAGUGAAGUAUUUUCCACUCUGAGCAGCAGAAGUCAGUUUCAUUGGACCUCUCACAGCUGCUUUCAAUCAGGAUCAAACACAAGGGAUGCAAAAAAGUGAAUCAAGGUGAAGUCUUGGACAUUCGUGGGUCACACAAAGCACAACUCUGAUAUCUGCAGCAAAUAAACAAUUUAAUGACA